CUGAUUGGUCGCCGUGAGGAUGUUGAAGGAAGUCGCGGCGGGGCUGUGAGGUGCCGGGAAGCGAUGUUGCGGGCGGGUGUCGGGCUGCUGCUCCUCGGCCUGUGCUGCUCCUGGCUUCCGGCCCGGGGAAGCGACGACGCGGAGUACGUGACUUGCGGCUCUGUGGUGAAACUGCUGAACACCCGGCAUAACGUGCGGCUGCACUCCCACGAUGUCAAAUACGGAUCGGGUAGUGGUCAGCAGUCUGUCACUGGUGUGGAAUCCUCAGAUGAUGCUAAUAGCUAUUGGAGGUUAAGAGGCAAAACUGAUAAUGAUUGCUCACGUGGUAAGCCUAUUAAAUGUGGACAAGCAAUUCGCCUUACCCAUGUGAAUACUGGGAAGAACCUGCACACACAUCACUUCUCAUCCCCUCUUUCUAACAACCAGGAAGUAAGUGCCUUUGGGGAUGAUGGAGAAGGGGAUGACCUUGACGCUUGGACUGUGCAGUGCAGUGAUACUUUAUGGGAACGCGAGGAUGCAGUGCGGUUAAAACAUGUAGGAACAAAUGUUUUCCUAACCAUAACGGGUGAGCAGUAUAGCCACCCAAUUAGAGGUCAGCGAGAAGUUCAUGGCAUGACAAGUGCUAAUGUUCACAACUACUGGAAAGCGAUGGAAGGAGUGUUCAUCAAACCUAGUUCAGCUCCAGGCUCAUCCAAACAUGAUGAAUUAUGAGAAGGGAAGCAUGACCCCAAAGUGUGAAUUGUCAACUCUGAAUAACCAAGGUCCAAAGUGUUAAAAGAACUCUUUUACAGCGUAGCUUUCAACAAUAUAACACAAACUUGCAAAUCGAAAAUUUUUAUGAUAGGCCAUUGGUUUAUAUAUAUAAUGUUACACUCUUCUCAUCCCAAACCGUUACGAUGCUAAAACUGAAUUUAGUUGUUCCUUUUACCAUGUACAAUUACUGUAAAAUGCUUCUGUUUUGAUAACAAAUUGCGUCAUUGUAAGGGUUUCAAUUUGACAAAGAAAAUGUUGGUAACAGCAGCUCUGCACAUAUGUUAUAUCUCAAACAUUAUGUGUGUAAUAUCUCCAAAUAGUAGGAUAUAACAAGCAAAUUAUUUAUUUAUUGGUGUGAUCUCUUUGGAAGAACCAGGAUCAGCUGGAAUGCAUCAGCCUUACAGAUCUGUUUCAUCUCUGUUGGAGAUUAAAAACGUUCAGCUUUAUUAUUUUUUAACUCAGAAUUUAAAAGAUUAAAAUGAAAAUCUGAAUGGCAAAUUCUACGCUAAAUGGGAGGGAGAUCUCUAAUGCAUCUAUUGACGCGGUUUGUCUCCUUUAGCCUGAAAGUUGCUAUUCAUGUUUCAGUUCACUAAAAAUAAA